AUGCCUUUCCAGCCCAACCAGGACGACGUCAAGGCGAUCAACACGAUCCGCACCCUCGCCCUCGACACGGUCAACAAGGCCAACUCGGGUCACCCGGGCGCGCCCAUGGGCAUGGCUCCGGCCGCCCACGUCCUCUUCUCGCGCUUCUUCAACUGCAACCCGAAGAACGCCCAGUGGCUCAACCGCGACCGCUUCGUCCUGUCGAACGGCCACGCCUGCGCGCUCCAGUACUCGCUCCUCCACCUCCUCGGGUACAAGGUCUCGAUCGAGGACCUCAAGAAGUUCCGCCAGCUCGACUCGAUCACCCCGGGCCACCCUGAGCUCGGCGUCACUGAGGGCAUCGAGGUCACGACCGGCCCGCUCGGCCAGGGCUUUGCCAACGCCGUCGGCCUCGCCAUCGCCCAGGCCCACCUCGGCGCCACCUUCAACAAGGACAACUUCUCGAUCUUCGACAACUACACCUACAUGUUCACCGGCGACGGUUGCCUGAUGGAGGGUGUCGCGUCCGAGGCGGCGUCGCUCGCUGGUCACCUCCAGCUCGGCAACCUCAUCGCCGUGUACGACGACAACCAGAUCUCGAUCGACGGCUCGACCGCGAUCGCGUUCACCGAGGACGUCGGCAAGCGCUUCGAGUCGUACGACUGGCAGGUCAUCACGGUCGAGGACGGCAACGACGACCUCGAGGGCAUCUACAAGGCGAUCGAGCAGGCGCGCGCCGAGAAGAACAAGCCGUCGCUCAUCCGCCUCAAGACGACGAUCGGCUUUGGCUCGCGCGACCAGGGCACGCACGGCGUCCACGGCAACCCGCUCAAGGCCGACGACACGGUCGAGAUCAAGAAGAAGUUUGGUUUCAACCCGGAGGAGUUCUUCGUCGUCCCGGACGAGACGAAGAAGAUCUACGCCGACAUUGCCCAGCGCGGCGCCGAGGCCGAGGCCAAGUGGCAGAAGUCGUUCGACGAGUACAAGGGCAAGUACGCCGACGAGGCGGCCGACAUCGAGCGCCGCGUCGCGGGCAAGCUCCCGCAGGGCUGGGAGAAGGCGCUGCCCGAGUUCAAGCCGACCGACGACGCCGUCGCGUCGCGCAAGCUGUCCGAGGUCCUCCUCGCCAAGCUGUCGACCGUCAUCCCCGAGCUCGUGUCGGGCUCGGCCGACCUCACGCCGUCCAACCUCACGCGCUGGAAGAACGCCGUCGACUUCCAGCCCAAGGCCAACGGCCUCGGCGACUACACCGGCCGCUACAUCCGCUACGGUGUCCGCGAGCACGGCAUGGGCGCCAUCGCCAACGGCAUUGCCGCGUACGGCGCCAACCUCAUGAUCCCGGCGAUCGGCACCUUCCUCAACUUUGUCUCGUACGCCGCCGGCGCCGUCCGCCUCUCGGCCCUCUCGCACCAGCGCGUCAUCUGGGUCGCCACCCACGACUCGAUUGGCCUCGGCGAGGACGGCCCGACGCACCAGCCGAUCGAGACCGUCGCACACUUCCGCGCUCUCCCCAACUGCAACGUCUGGCGCCCUGCUGACGGUAACGAGACCUCGGCCUCGUACUACAUGGCCCUUACCUCGACCCACACCCCGAGCAUCCUCGCGCUCACCCGCCAGAACCUCCCUCAGCUCGAGGGCUCGUCGAUCGAGAAGGCGAACAAGGGUGGCUACACGCUCGUCGAGGUCGACGGCAAGGCCGACGUCACCUUUGUCGCGACCGGCUCCGAGGUCGCCAUCGCCGUCGAGGCCGCCGAGCUCCUCGGCAAGCAGGGCGUCAAGGCCCGCGUCGCGUCGCUUCCCUGCUGGGAGGUCUUCCGCUCGCAGUCGUCGGACUACAAGCUGUCGGUCCUGCCGGACGGCGCCCCGAUCGUCUCGGUCGAGGCCUACACCACCAUGGGCUGGGCCGAGUUCUCGCACGCCCACUGCGGUAUCGACACCUUCGGCGCUUCUGCCCCGGCCGGCCAGGUCUACAAGAAGUUCGGCCUCACCGGCGAGGCCGUCGCGAAGCGCGCCCAGAAGGCGAUCGACUACUUCCAGAAGCUCGGCCACCCGGUCUACUCGCCCCUCUCGCACCAGCUCGCCCUCUAA